GGGGCGGGGCCGGGCUUGCGUUGCGCCGUUGACGUGACGUGGCGUGACGUGCGUAGCGUGAGGGAAAGGAACGGGGGACCUUUGAGAGUUGGUGUUUUUCCUGUCUUUCCGGCUUAGCGUGUACCUCCAAAUUGCUGAUUCUUUCUCGUUGCCUACCGCUUGCCUAAUGGCGUUUAGCAAGGGUUUUUCGAAAGGAGUCAUGCUUCUUUUCGGUCGUCUUACUAUUUGACGUGAGGAGAUGGGAAGGGUGGACAGUUUGGGAGAACUGUUGAAGGCGUUCGAUUCCAUUAGAGUUGUGUGGCUUACCCAGGAACAGGAGUACAGAUGGAUUUUCACGAAUACUGCCUGUUACUGCAAGUUAUUUAGUAGAAUUGGCUGAGCUCCACAAGGCCGGUGUUAUUCUGGCUGGAUCUGGUCAUGGCAAGGAAGGUACAUUGGCUCAAGAGUGGGGUGGAUUUUCAGAACAGUCUAAUUCGAACCCACGUCUAUAGUCCAUCCAUGACAUACAGUUGAUUCAAAGUUCAAGGCACAAUGCGAAGUAGAAGAGUGGGUAAAGCAAGAUCCUCAAAGACAAAAAGAAACGUACUUCAAAAAGAGGUAGUCUGUUAAGGUAAUAGAUGUAGAGAGUUAAACCACUGACAAAGGACUUUUAUGAGAAAAUCAAAAGUAGUUUUACGGGACAGAUGGUAUUUGAGUUGGACCUUGAACUUAGGUUGUAGAGUGGGGGUGGGAGGAAGAUAGCGCUUAAAUACGAAUAACAUGGAAAAAUGUAAAGGGGUGGAGAGUGCAGAUAUCAGAGGAGUGGAAAAAGUAUCUUGAAGACAUUUUAAAAAAAUGUCAGGUUAAGGAGUUUCAACUCUGUAUGGUAGGCCUUUUGUAGUCAUUGUUUUGUGUUGUUUUUUAAAUAGGGUGGUUCCUCCACCUAAGCUGUUAGAAUUGUAUCUUGUGACCUUUCUUUUCUUCUCUGGGAUUUUCCCCCAUCAAUUAGUUCCUGUUCGUUUUAAAUUGCUCCCUCUACUGAUUACUUGCCUAAAGUCGACAUUACUUCCAUUUUAAAACAGGCACACAAACUCUUGAGCCUAUGUGCACCUCUGCACUACCCUAUCACGCUUUCCCUCUAUAACAAGGCUCCUUUAAACAGGAACAUAAACCUAUUUUCCUAAGUCCUAUUGACUUUUCAACCUAUGGUAGCCAGAUCACUACUGCUCUAAUGCACUGACAAAGGGUCACCAGUAAUGUUGCCAAAUCUAAGUGAGGACUUCUAAGUCCUUCUCUUAACCUUCUUUUUUUUUUAACUUUUAAUUAUAUCGACUGCUCCGUGAAACUCUCGUCUUCAUUGGCUUUAUUGACACACUCUGUCCAGAGUUCUCUCCUUUUCCUCUAAUUUUUUUUUUUAAUUUUUUUUUGCCCUGCUUUUCCUGUGCCUUCUUAAGAUUCUUCAAGCGAGGAAGAAUUCAUUUAUUGCUUUUAUUUGUUUUAUAUAUUGAGGACCAAAGUAAGACCUACUUAAUUUUAAGAAGAGAAAGUGAUGCAGUUAUUACAGUAGUAUACUAUGAUUCGUCCAGGCUGAUUUCUUCCCAUUCAUUCCAUUUUCCUGAUUUCUGGAAAUGAUUUUUCUAAAAAUGCAAAUUUUAUACUAGUUCCCUUAAAAAAGGAUUUUAAUCCUGGGGCUUUUCAAAUGCCUAAAGGCAGAAUCCAAACUCCUCUGUGAAGACUUUUCUCCAAUACCUGUCUUCCAACCUGAAUUUAAUUUCCUCUGUAUUUCUGUUAUUUUUUAUGUGUGCUAAAUUAAACACAUGCCCUUAUGUAUGAAUGGGAGGGAAUAAUCUUUAUCUUCCUAUGCCUAGGAAGUUGUAAGGAAUGCAGAAGAAGGUAGAGACAGGAAAAGGAGUUAGAAUACUAGCGUGUUAAUCGUAGCAACAAAGUUAUAUUGAUCAGAAGUAAGGGUUCAGCAAAAAGGUAAUAUAGGUUGGAAAGAAUUUGUCAACUUGCCAUCGCCCAAAGGCAUCAUCUUCAGACUUCUUGAACAUGGAGCCCUCUCCACAAAGAAAUUUGAGUACAUGCCCUGAUAAAUGUGUACUGAUUUAUAAAUUACAUACACGAAGUGAUGAACUAAUAUGUAUUAUGAAACACAAAAAUUAAGCGAUGGGGCAAAACAUUAUAAAAAUAAAUUCUAAUGUUUUCUUCAAAUCUCAGUAGAUGAGUGCACACUCCUCUGGUAGCCACUGACCUAAAGGAUGGAUCCCAAACUUCCUAGCACACACGAUCUUUUGUGAUCUGGCCUUUAGCCACCCCUCCAGCCCAUCCAUAACCAGUUCAAGCCACCUCUGUACUCUUCUUUAACCCUCUCCAGUCUACAAAUUAACUUAUUUUUCAAUGCUUUAUCAACCAGUAAGAUCCUAGUAGUUAUUUUAUAUCUGUGUUUAUGCAUUUGCUCGGAGUGGCCACUGUCUGCGUGGCAAACUCCUGUUGAUACAUCAGCUCUAGCUCCAAUAUUCUGUCUUCUGAAGCCUUCCCCAACAUCCUCACCACCAUUACCAGAAUUGUGAAAGAUGUUGCAAGGACACAGGCGAGGGGCUUUGGCUGAAAAGCAUGAAUCAAAAUGAUUAAAGAUUUCCAACUGAUACCAUACAGCGCUCAAAAUGGAUCAGGGCUGUUAAUCGUGUGGACCCCAGAAGCAAAAAGAUUUGGAUCCCAGGACCAGGUGCUAUACUAUGUUCCAAACAUUUUCAAGAAAGUGACUUUGAGUCAUAUGGCAUAAGAAGAAAGCUGAAAAAAGGAGCUGUGCCUUCUGUUUCUCUAUACAAGGUUCUUCAAGGUGUACACCUUAAAGGUAAAGCAAAACAGAAAAUCCUAAAACAGCCACUUCCUGAUAAUUCUCAAGAGGUUGCUACUGAGGACCACAACUACAGUUUAAAGAGACCUCUGACAAUUGGUGCAGAGAAACUGGCUGAGGUGCAACAGAUGCUACAAGUGUCCAAAAAAAGACUGGUUUCUGUGAAAAACUACAGGAUGAUCAAGAAGAGAAAGGGCUUACGACUAAUUGAUGCACUUGUCGAAGAGAAACUACUUUCUGAAGAAACAGAGUGUCUGCUACGAGCACAGUUUUCAGAUUUUAAGUGGGAAUUGUAUAACUGGAGAGAAACAGCUGAGUACUCCACAGAAAUGAAACAGUUUGCAUGUACACUCUACUUGUGCAGUAGCAAAGUCUAUGAUUAUGUAAGAAAGAUUCUCAAGCUGCCUCAUUCUUCCAUCCUCAGGACAUGGUUAUCCAAAUGCAAACCCAGUCCAGGCUUCAACAGCAACAUUUUUUCUUUUCUUCAGCGAAGAGUAGAGAACGGAGACCAGCUCUACCAGUAUUGUUCACUGAUAAUAAAAGGCGUAUCUCUCAAGCAACAACUUCAGUGGGACCCCAGCAGUCACCAUUUGCAAGGAUUUAUGGACUUUGGCCUCGGCAUACUUGAUGCUGAUGAAACGCCCCUUGCAUCCGAAACUAUUUUGUUAAUGGCCGUGGGUAUUUCUGGUCACUGGAGAACGCCUCUUGGUUAUUUUUUUGUUAACAGGGCAUCUGGAUAUUUGCAGGCUCAGCUGCUUCGUCUUACCAUUGGCAAACUAAGUGACAUAGGGAUCACGGUUUUGGCCGUCACCUCUGAUGCUACAGCUCACAGCGUUCAGAUGGCAAAAGCGUUGGGAAUACAUAUUGACGGAGACAACAUGAAGUGUACAUUUCAGCAUCCCUCAUCUUCUAGUCAACAGAUUGCAUACUUCUUUGAUUCUUGCCACUUGCUCAGAUUAAUAAGAAAUGCAUUUCAGAAUUUUCAAAGCAUUCAGUUUAUUAAUGGCACGGCACAUUGGCAGCACCUUGUGGACUUAGUAGCCCUGGGGGACCAGGAAUUAGCAAGCAUAGAAAGACUCCCAAGAAAACUUGCAAAUUUGAAAAACCACGUGCUGAAGACGAACUGUGCUGCCCAACUGUUCAGUGAGAGUGUGGCCAGCGCGUUGGAGUGCUUGCUAUCGUUAGGCCUGCCUCCUUUUCAAAACUGUAUUGGUACCGUCCAUUUUUUACGCUUAAUUAACAACCUGUUUGACAUUUUUAAUAGUAGGAACUGUUAUGGAAAGGGACUUAAAGGACCUCUACUGCCUGAAACUUAUAGUAAAAUUAAUCGCGUGUUAAUUGAAGCCAAGACAAUCUUUGUUACAUUAUCUGACGCUAGCAAUAAUCAAAUAAUUAAAGGUAAGCGAAAACUAGGAUUCCUGGGAUUUUUGCUUAACGCUGAGAGCCUAAAAUGGCUCUAUCAGAAUUACGUUUUCCCAAAGGUCAUGCCUUUUCCAUAUCUUCUGACUUAUAAAUUCAGUCAAGAUCAUCUGGAAUUAUUUCUCAAGAUGCUUAGACAGGUAUUAGUAACCGGUUCUAACCCUACCUGUAUGGCAUUCCAGAAAGCUUACCAUAAUUUGGAGACCAGAUACAGAUCACAAGACGAGGCCUUUCUAAGUGAAGUAAGCAUCCUUGACAUUUCAAUUGCUCGAAGGACAGACUUGGCCCUUUGGACCGUUCAGCGUCAGUAUGGCGUCAGCGGCAUAAAGACUCUUUUUCACAAAGAGGAUAUUUGCCGAGACUGGUCUAAUUGUUCGCUAAGUGAGGCGUUACUAGAUCUGUCAGAUCACAGGCAAAAACUCAUCUGUUGUGCCAGUUAUGUUGCAAAUAAGUUAUCAGCUCUUUUAACUUGUGAGGAGUGCAUCAGUGCACUGUAUGCAUCAGAUCUCAAGGUUGCUAAAAUUGGGUCACUGUUGUGUGUUAAAAAGAAGAAUGGUUUACAUUUCCCUUCACAAAGUCUUUGUCAAGUCAUAAAUAUUUGUGAGCGAGUUGUAAGAAUCCAUUCAAGAAUGACAGUCUAUGAACUACUUCCUAAACAGAGAGAAUUGUAUCUUCAGCAGAAAAUAUUAUGUGAGCUUUCUGGGCAUAUUUAUCUUUUUGUAGAUUUAGAUGAGCAUCUCUUUGACGGAGAAGUGUGUGCCAUCAAUCACUUUGUAAAGUUACUAAAGGAUAUAAUAAUCUGUUUCUUAAAGAUCAGAGGUAAAGAUGCAGCUCAGUACCCUUUAAAACACCAUUCAGAAAGAAUUGAAAUGAAAACUUUGCCAAGAAUACACUGGUCAUCAUUACAGGAUUACAGAUGUUCAAGUUUUGCUAAUACCAAUAAAUGCAGGCAUUUGUUAAGUAAUGAUGGAUAUCCAUUCAAAUGAGGGACCUAAAAUAUAUUAAAAUUUUCAUGAAAAAUUAUUGGUCAACAUUUAAAGUUCAACCUACCAUAUUUUAUAAAUUGGCCAUUCUGCACAGUUGACAAGUUUGUAAUACUAGGAUUUCUAAUUAUGCGUAUUAUAAAAUCUGCUUGUACUUGGUAUGGUUUGCAACAUUUCAGUUACUUGGAAUGUAGAACGCAGUUAAGUCAGUAGGAACAGACCAGCCAACAGAUGCUGCCUUUGAAUAUACUACUAUAAGACUGAGUAGUGUGACUGGACAUACUUUUUAACUUGUUCAGUCUACUUUAAAACAAGAGAGAAUAACAACAACUAAGAGUCAUUAAAACAUUGACUUCUUUUAUAAAUAGACUACAUUCCCUAAAAGAGCUUUGGUUUACAGCUCUUAAGAAUGUUGACAGGAAAAAAAAAGAAAAAAAAAGGAAUAUAAAACCUUGGAUGUAAUUUUUACUUACAUGUGAAAAUCUAGAUGUGGUUUGAAAAUUAGGCUGAGUUAAAAUAUCAAAUACCACAAAAUCCCUUUGCCAGGGUACCCUAACAUGGAAAUACUUAGGCUUUAUCGGGCAGAAGGUAAGCACCUGUGCCAUGAGAUGGUUCCGUGUGCUGCAGCGAAGUUGGGGAAUGUAGUCUGAGAAGUAAAUAGGGGAUGUCAUUUUCACAAUCCAUUGUCCUUGGACUUCAAAAUACUACUUUUGAAUAAUAGAGUGGAUACUUACUUGACUCCACUGGAAGAGCCCAAUGCUCAUCAGAGAAUGAGGAGAAGCCUUAUUUCAAGCUCUUCUGAAGUGUCCUUGUGUUUUGCAGGGAGGCUGAAAUAUAUUUUCAGUGUUGAAUGAAUAAAGGGACUUCACACCAUCCAAUUAAUAAAUUAGAAAAAGAUGGGCAGUUGAGACCGUGGUUAUGAAAAUAUUUGUCUUAAUUAUAUGAUUAGUUUUUUCAGAAAUUUAGGAGAAGCUUAAAUGAUCUGAAGAUGGAAACAUACCUAAGGACAAUUUUCUCCAUUCUGUCACACCCAGACUUGAAAAGAUGAGUAGAAAAACAUAGGUAUAUGUUGUACUUUCACAUAUGAGGAAUGUUUUAAAUGGAUAAAAGAAGAAACAAGCACAUGAUUCCCCUGUGUGUGUAAAACAUCUACUCUUUGUAUGUGAAUAGUCAUGAAGUAUAAUUAAUAUGAAAACUUAAAAUUGCAAAAGAUUAAUGACUAGACAAAACUUGAGUUUUAUUAACUGAAAUUCUCCUUAAAUUAUAUAUUUUAAUAUAUUUGUUUUGUUCUACCUCAAACAAAGGUUUAAGUUUGGAGAUGUAACCAGAGUUGUACUAAAUUUUAUGUAAGAGCUAUCGCUGAGAAGUCUCAAUAGUGUGGGUUGUAUUUGCAAUAGAAUUUUAGAUACACCAGGAUGAAUCUUAUUUAAAAGAAUCCUACUUGUAAAUCACCACCUUUAACUUAUUGCUUAUAUAAAUCCAAGUUUUGUCCAGAUCUUUACUUAAAACUAGGUUUAUAUCUGUAGGUGUCUCAUGUUCUUUGCUGUUGCAUUUUACUAAUGUACUGGUAUAUUCUGUAGUUUAAUUAGUGUUUUGCACUAUUUCUUUGAGUGCUGGAUAAGUUGGACAAAUAUUGACAACAGGAAUAUUUCCUUUACUGCCUUUUUAAAAAUUUUUUAACGUUUUUAUUCAUUUUUGAGAGACAGAGUGUGAGCAGGGAGGGGCAGAGAGAGGGAGGGAGACACAGAAUCCAAAGUAGGCUCCAGGCUCUGAGCUGUCAGCACAGAGCCCGACGCAGGGCCUGAACCCAUGAACUGUAAGAUUGUGACCUGAGCUGAAGUCCGACCCUUAACUGACUGAACCACCCAGGCACCCCUCCUUCACUGCCUUUAACAGUUAAUUGCUCUUGCCUUAGUGAAAGUAUUUCAAGUCUGAUAUCAAGUUUACUUAACAUGAUAUGCUUUAUGGCGAAUUUUUAAAAUAAAUUAUUCAUAUUUGAUGAGGGUAAUUUACUUUAUAAUUUCCACUUAGCACCUUUGUCCUUUUUUCGUCAGAGAAAAACAUUCUCUUUAGAAAUUUAUCCUUCCUAUGUUUCAACACAUAGAGCAGGAACAACUGGAUAUCCACAUGCAAAAGUAUUAACUCUAAAUAGGUCAAAGACCUAAAUGUAAUAGGUAAAAAUAUAAAACUCUUAGAAGAAAAGAGAGCAAAUCUUUGAGACUUAGAUUAGGCAAUAGUUUCUUAAAUAUGACACCAAAAACAUGAACAACAAAAAAUAAAUUGGACUUCACCAAAAAAACUACAAAAAAACUGUUACUUCGGAGGACACUGUCAAGAGACAACCCACAGAAUGGGAGAAAAUUUUUACUACUCACACAUCUGAUAAAGGACUUGUAUCUAGGAUAUACAAAGAACUCCUAUAACUCAAUAAUGAAGGACAAAUAAACCAGUUUGAAAAAUGGGUAAAGAAUGUAAAUAGACACUCUUCAGAGGAGAUAAUACAAAUGGCCUAUAAAAACAUGAAUAUGUGCCCAACAUCAUAAACCAUCUGGGAAAUGCAAAUCAAAACCACACUGAGGUAUCACUUUACACCCACUAGGAUGGUUAUAGUAAGAAAGUUAAUAGCAAGUGUUGACAAGAAUGUGGAGAAAUUGAAACCCUCUUACACUGUUGGUGGGAAUGCAGAUGCUUUGGAAAACAGCUUGGCAGCUCUUCAAAAGGUUGAACAGAGUUACCAUAUCACCUAGCAGUUCUACUGACAGGCAUAUAUAUAAUAUAUCCAAGAGAAAUAAAAACAUGUUCAUGUAAAAAUUUGUACAUAAAUUUCAUACUAUUAUAGCUACAAAGUGAAAAAACCGAAAUGUCCAACUGAUGGAUAAGUAAAAAUGUGUCGUAUCCAUACAAUGGGUAACAUAGUAAGUAUAUGUUAUGCUUUAUGACAAACUGCCAGAACUCUUUUUGUGAAAUAACUUCACCACUCUGCAUUCCAAUCAGGAAAUGUAUGAAACUUCCAGUUCCUCUCCUUUCUUCCCAGUACUUGGUAUGGCCAGGGUUUAGUUUUGAAUUAGCCAUUCUAAUAGGUGUGCAGUAAUAUUUCACUGUGGCUUUCAUUUCCAUUUUCCUAAUGGCUAAUGAUGCUGAGCAUCUUUUCAUAGGAUUAUUUGCCAUCCACAUAAUCUUAGGUGAAAGGUCUGUUGAAGUCUUUUGCCCCUCUUUUGGAAGGUUGGUUUUUUUUAUUGAGUGUUAAUUAUAUAUUCUGGAUAGAAGUGCAUUAUCUAAUGUGUUUUGCAAAUAUUUUCUGCCAGUCUGUGGCUUUUCUUAUUGUGUUUUGAAGGGCAGACAUUAAUUUUGAAGAAUGCAUUUUAUCAGUUUUUAUCUUUUAGGGAUACUUCUUAGUUUCAUAUCUAAGAAAACGUUGCCUAACCCAAAGCCACAGAUUUUUCUUCUCAUGUUAUCUUCUAGGUAUUUGGUCGCUUUAGGUUUUUCAUUUUUAGGUUAUGAUCCAUUUUCAGUUCAUUCUGGUCUUUGGUAGAAGUUGAGAUUCAUAUUUUACGUAUGGAUAUCCCAGCAGUGUUUGUUAAAAAGAUUAUUGUUCCCUGAAUUACCUUUGAGCCUUUGUAAGAAAUUGACCAUAUAUAUAUGGGUCUACUUCUGGGCUCUGUUCUGUUCCAUUGAUCCAUUUGUCUAACAUUUCACCAGUACCACAGUGACCUGAUGAGCCUUAUAUGAGCCUUGAAGUCAAGUAGGAGUUUCACCUUUGUUCGUUAUUCAGAAAUGUUUGGCUGUUCUAAUUGUACCUUUCUCUAUAUAUUGUUUAAUCAGCUUGUUGAUUUUUUACAAAGAUUCCUGCUGGGAUUUUGGCUGGAGCUUUGGGGAAUCUAAAGAUCAAUUUGGAGAGAAGUGAUAUCUUCAUAGUAUCGAAUGUUCCAAUUCACAAACAUGGUAGAUCUCUCCUUUUUUAAGGUCUUCUCUGAUUUUAUCAAUGUUUUCUACACUUCACCUACAGAUCUUGUAUAUAUCUGUUACAUUUCACAUUUUGUGUUGCUACUAUGCUAAUUGUAAAAAUUUGUUUCUAAAUGUUCGUUGCUACUAUGUAAAAAUACAGUUUUACAUAUUGACUUUGCUUAAACUCA